AUGCAUAACCUUUCACUCUUCCUGGGCCUUGUCCUCUUGUAUCUUUCAACUUUGUGCAAUGUCACUGCAACAAAUAAGCUCCCAAAAGGUUUCAGCAUCGAUCUCAUUCAUCGUGACUCGCCAUUGUCACCUUUGUACAACUCGUCAAUGACCCAUUGGGAGCGAGUUCAAAAUGCUGCAUUGCGUUCCUUGGCUCGAGUCAAUCGUUUUCGCCAAUCUUCUUCCAAAAAUGCAGCUGAAAUAAGCGAGCAGCUGGCUCAAACUGAUAUAAUCCCGGACGAUGGAAGCUAUCUUAUGAAGAUCUUCAUUGGCAGCCCACCUGUAGAAAGGUGGAGUGUUGCAGAUACAGGAAGUGACCUGAUUUGGAUCCAAUGCUCACCUUGUCCUCAAUGCUACCAUCAAGAUGUCUCAUUGUUUGAUCCCACAAAAUCUUCCACCUACGAGACUGAGUCUUGCGGCUCAAGAAACUGUGCUCUUCUUCCUCAGCGUCAAUGUGGAAACUCAAACCAGUGUUUGUACCGUUACGCAUAUGUAGAUCAAUCUUUCACGGUGGGAGAUUUGGCCACAGAUUUGAUCGGUUUUGGUAGUAGUGAUGGCCAAUCUGUUUCGUUCCCUAAAUCAGUGUUUGGAUGUGGACAUAACAAUCUUGGGACAUUCAAUAGGCGCAUGGCAGGACUUGUUGGACUGGGUAAUGGUCCUUUGUCCCUUAUUUCUCAACUUGGUAAGCAGAUUGGUCGCAGAUUUUCCUACUGUUUGCCUCCUUUCGACGCAAAGGUUGCGACUAAGUUGAGAUUUGGAGAAGAAGCCAAGAUAUCAGCAAAUGGGGUCGUGUCCACUCCCAUGAUCACGAAUCCUGGUGAUCCCACCUCUUACUAUCUCAAUCUUGAAGGUAUCACCGUUGGACAACGGACAGUGCGGACAGGUCAAAGCAAUGGGAACAUAAUUAUUGAUUCUGGGACGACAUUGACAAUGCUUCCAUCAGGCUUUUAUGAGCAGGUUGAAGCUUUGGUGAAGCAAGCCAUUGGAGCCGACCAAUUCAUAGUACAGAACUAUCCGUACAAAUUGUGUUACAGAAAUGCUAACUCCAUCCAGAAUUUCCCAAAUUUUGAGGUUCAUUUUACAGGAGCCAACCUUUCCUUAAAACCUCAAAACCUUUUCCGUCCCAUAUCCAACGAUGUUAUAUGCUUUGCAAUGCUUUCUACAGAUGGAAGGCCCUUUUAUGGAAAUGUGGCUCAGAUUGACUUUGAGGUGGAGCAUGAUCUUGAUCAGAAAAAAGUUUCUUUUGCUCCGGUCGAUUGUACUAAACAGUAGAGAUUCUAUGACUCUGUUCGGAUGACAAAAAAAAUAAAUAGAAGGAAAAUAUAGAGGGGGAGGGAAUACUUCGAAUAAAAACUUUUCUCUAAUUUUCUUCUCAUCCAAACUAAGUACCAGAAAUAUA